CCACGUCCGUACCAUCACAUCCGCACCGACCACGGCCGCGUCCACCGCAACUCGCAGCAGCAGACAACCGAUAACCGUCACCGCCAUCGUCGCCGUCAUCUGCGCCUACGACCACCGCACAAACGAUAAUCAUAUAUCAUUGACGAUGUCGUCGUCCACGUACGUGUUUGCGCUGUCGCUAUUCGCCUCGGCCGUUAUCGGCAUCGCCGCCGCUUCCGUGCCACCGCCGCAACAACAGCAGCAGGACGGCUCGACGGGAUUCGGCGCGGUCCUGUGGUCGGUGCUGGACGACUGUUUCCUCGGCGACGGCGACGCGUCCGCCGCGGUGUGCCUCAAGUCCAGAGCGCUGACGGCCUUGGACAGGGCGCUCGGCAAGGCCACCGUGACCGUCGCGGACGGCGUGACGCUGGCCGCCCGGGCCGGCAAGUCGCUGCAGCCCGUCGACCCGCAAGCCGAACGGGCCGACCGCGCUGCCCUCGAAGCGGCCCCGGACGCCGACGCCAAGAACGCCCUGCUGGACGACAUGCUGGCCAGCCGCAUGGACAGGCUCAUGUCGACCAGGACCAUCGUGCUGGACGGAGCCGGUCAAGAAGGUCGCAAGAAGAAGGACAAGGCCAUGCAACAGGCCAUGAUGAUGGCCGGUAUGAUGGCCGCCGGAGUCAUGGGCCCGAUGGCGUUGAAGAUCAUCGCCCUGAUGGCCGGCAAGGCGCUGUUGAUAAGUAAAAUCGCUCUGCUCCUGUCCGGCUUGAUCGCGCUCAAGAAACUGUUCCAGCCGCAGCAAAGUGGCGGACACGAGCAUAUCGUCGAGGCGGCACCGUCCGGUCAUCAUUACGGCCGCAGCAUCGACGCCCACCGCGCGGCGUAUUCGGGCCAAAUCCAAUAGUCGAUAGCAUUGGAGCAUAAAAUAUAUGUUGAUAAUAUCGCAGUCAAACGACUAUAUGCAUAAGGACGCGAUACUGCCAAUACAGUUAUGACAUAUUAAUUAUUAUUAUUAUUAUUGUAUACGUGGUCGCCACCACUAAUUAAUUUAUUAUUUAUUUAUUUAUCUAUUUAUCAAUAAAUCAAGUCUCCGAUGUAUUCGUCAUUUCGAAUACCGUCGUAUAUAAAAUAUGUUUAACUUACUAUAAAUGUAUUAACAUGUAAAAAUUAAUUUACUAUAUUAUGUAUUAUUGUUAUAAUUUGCAUAACGAAACAUGUUACACGCGUAAACGAUAAAUUUUCAUAAUUUUUUUUAAUAGUUUUAGAAAAUUAGUAAUUAUAUUUUUAUUGUAUUUGAAAUGUGAUUUGUAUCUAUUUAGUUAAAAAAAUAUACAUAAAUCUGAAUUUAAAA